AUGAUGACCUCUACCACAGGGCCGACAGCCCAAACCGCCUUUAUCAACCCAGUUGCUACAAAUGAACGUUCCACUGAACUUACAUCAGGGCAACAAUUGGUGUUUGAGAUGGAAAGAUCUGAACGGCCUAAGAAGCGGCUGCGCAGUUCUGAAUAUCUUACAUCCCCAAAUUCACACUUCCCUGUCCCAAAGAGCCAAGGCCAGCCUGUGACGUCUAAGAACAGUCAACCCCCCGCUUCCAAUGGCAAUAAAGGCACUGGAGGCUCUAUGGGAUAUCCAUCUAUCAGUGGGAGCAGUAACACACCUGCUGAUACAUCAUCAACUCUUUCACCCUCAGUCGACCCUAGAAAAUCCACUUCUCCUCUCACAACCCCCGAGCAUAGCGUAUUUACCCCAGCAUGCGUGGCCGGGGUGAGUGUGCUGGAGAGUGGAAAGGUAGACUUGGCCAAGUGUCGGCCGCGUUCGUCAAUUCCUGCUCAUUUGACACCCGAAGUCUAUGGCCAGCAGUGCGUAGCAUCUGCCUAUGCCUGUCGUCUGGAUCCAUACUCCCUUCACCCAAAAGAACAAGAAGCUCUACAAGAUUAUCUUUGCCACAUGCACGUUACUCUGUAUCUCAAUAUUCGGAAUGGUAUUCUGCGGCUCUGGACCCGGAACGCCAUGGUCAGUGUGACCAGAGAAGAGGCCCUGGGUGUUGCAAAAGACUACCGCUGGAUGAAUCUUGCUUCUUUCGCAUAUGAUUGGCUGGCACGAAAUGGUUACAUCAACUUUGGCUGCGUUGAGGUCCCCAUGCCUAUUGUACCUCCUAGACGGGGAAGACGGAGGGAAGGUCCAGUCAUUGUGGUUGUAGGAGCCGGCGUUGGUGGGCUAGGCUGUGCACGUCAGCUGGAAGGUCUGUUUCGCCAUUAUCGGGAUGCAGAAACCGCCCCUCGUGUAAUUGUUCUGGAAGGACGUCGCAGAAUCGGUGGAAGAGUCUACUCGCAUCCCCUUCGCAGUAUGGAGUCGGAGUCGUUACCUCCGGGGCUCGUUCCAAAGGCAGAGAUGGGAGCCCAGAUUAUUGUGGGUUUUGAAAACGGCAAUCCCCUCGACCAAAUCGUUCGAAGUCAAUUGGCGCUGCAUUACCAUCUCCUGCAUGACUCCUCUACUAUUUACGAUAUCGAUGGCUCGCCGGUGGGCUUCGUGCAGGAUUCAAUGAAUGAUCAGCUUCACGUCAAUUUGCUAGAGCGAACUGGGAAGUAUCGCCACGAGGUGCUCAUCCCUACUACAGCUCAAGGUGAGGCCGACAUGAUCAACGCUGGUCGUGAAUCUACCAGUGAUGACGGCCUUACUGUUCGAGAGUAUGAAGACGCUCGUCGUGCUGGGACUACCCAUCUUCUCCUUCCAACCAAGCGAACCCGACGUCACAGAGGCGCGGGGCACAGAACCGUAGAAAUUGAACCCAUUGACAAUGUGGCAGCAGACUCUUUGGGAACAGAAGACCCAGCGGCUUCAUUUUGCCUAGCUAUAGGAUGGAGGUUGAACGCUGGAUAUUCUGAAGACGAUACAAUUGAGCUUGACGACAUUGCACGUGCGACUCGGACACAAACCCUGGGCGCAGUGAUGGAUGAAGGUGUCAAACAGUACCAGGACAUGCUUCCUAUGACACCCAAAGAUAUGCGACUUCAGAAUUGGCAUAUUGCCAACAUGGAGUAUUCCAAUGCCACAAAUUUCAAAAAUCUCAGUCUCUCCUCAUGGGAUCAAGAUACGGGUAAUGAGUUUGAAGGAGAGCAUUCUCAGGUGAUAGGUGGUUAUCAACAAUUGCCAUUCGGCCUGUACUCUUUGCCUACGAAGCUCGAUGUUCGGACCAACAAGAUCGUCCAGAGUAUCUCCUAUGACCCGACUGGCUCCGACAGCCGUAAAUCGGUCAUCCAAUGCGAAGACGGUGAGAAGUUCGUUGCAGAUCAUGUUGUCUUUACGGGCUCUCUCGGUGUUCUCAAGCAUGAAACAAUUCAGUUCUAUCCUCCUCUCCCCGACUGGAAGUUAGGUGCUAUCAAGAGGUUAGGGUUCGGGCUCAUGAACAAGGUGAUCCUCGUAUUCCCUGAACCCUUCUGGGAUGAGACCCGAGACAUGUUUGGUCUCCUGCGCGAGCCAACAAUUUGCAACAGCAUGAAUCCAGAUGACUACGUAAAGAAUCGCGGGCGAUGCUACAUUUUCUGGAACUGCAUGCAAACCGCCGGACUGCCUGUUAUUACUGGUAUCAUGGCCGGAGAUGCUGCAUAUGAAACCGAGACCACAUCAGACGCCGAUAUCAUCUCGGAAGUCGUCUCUCAGCUGCGAAAUGUGUUCAAACACACCAGCAUACCAGACCCAGUCGAGACCAUCAUUACUCGCUGGGCUUCUGACAAAUUCACCCGGGGCAGCUACUCCUACGUGGCAACCGAGGCUCGUGCCGAAGACUACGAUCUCAUGGCACGACCCGUCGGUUCCCUCCACUUUGCCGGUGAGGCUACCUCCCGCAAUCACCCAGCGACCGUCCACGGCGCAUACCUCUCUGGUAUCCGAGCCGCCGCGGAAGUGAUCGAGUCCGUUGUGGGACCGAUCGAGAUCCCCACUCCUUUGGUGCCCGAAAAGCCAGUCACCAGCACGGUGCCGGCAGCCACACCCAAUGGUACCCAGCACUCUGAGCCCGUCGUGGCUCAGCAGCAAUCUAUCACUCCCUCCAACCACAUGGCCGACGAAAAACUACGUCGCGAGACCUACCAUGACACCAUGCGGGCGGCAAUCUCCGCCGAAAUCGGGGAGGCUCCCAUUCCGCCACCAAAAAUGGCGUUGAACCCUUUCCUCCUGUACCAGAAAGACUUCUGGUCCAAAUGUCGCGACCAGUGCGAUGAAGCUCGUCGUGCCGGCUCUAGCAAUCCAAAUGCUAAAGCCCCGCGCGAUGAGAUCCGCCACGCACUGGGUCAAAUGUGGCGUAAUGCCCCGGUAGAGGAAAAGCAGCCCUACCUCGACCAGGUCGAGGUGAGUCGUGCCCUCAAAGAACGGGCUUGGAGUGAGUUCAAGGUUGCUGCAGAGAAGUGGGAUCGGCAGUUCCUGCAGGCGAAAGCGGAGUGGUGUGCCCAGCACCCGUACGAGGGGUGGGUGACGCCUGGUUCGGCGGAGUAG